AUGACUAAACCUUCAGUACUCAUUGUUGGUGGUGGUGUUUUUGGCACAUCCACGGCAUACCACCUCUCCCUACAAGGCUAUAAUGAGGUUACAGUCUUGGAUCGGUUCGAUGUGCCAUCAAAAGAUUCGGCCGCUACUGACCUGAACAAGGUGGUACGCGCUGACUACCCCAACCCGCUAUAUACAAAGCUAGGCCUUGAAGCCAUGGAGGUCUGGAAAGACCCUAAUUCUAUCUUCAAAAACAUGUAUCGUGAGUCAGGAUGGAUAAUGGCGGCCCACGAUAUGACUCGGAAAUGGCUGGAAAGCGCGCGUAAUGUGGCAGAAGCAGCCGGCCGAAAGGGCGUGAAAUAUAUGACCGCUCAGGAGAUGAAAGAAACAUGGCCUGCACUGACUGGAGAAUUCCCUUCGUGGACCAACUUGUGGAGCCCGGCUGCUGGUUGGGUUCCUUCUGGCCAGGCUGUGCUAAGAAUGGCCAAUGCCGCUCGAGCGAAUGGUGUAAAAUACACUUGUGGAGACGCAGGAUACGUCCGAAAGUUGAUAUACGAAGGUACUACAUGCAAAGGCGUAAUUACAACAGAUGGCGCAAAGCAUUAUGCGGACCUGGUAUUGCUAGCAAGUGGCGCCAAUACUGCCACAUUAGUAGAGGCAAAGGAAGAGGCCGAGGCGCAAUGUUCAGUCAUCUGUGUCAUCAAACUGGAGCCCCACGAAGUCGAAAAGUACCGUGAUAUUCCAAUCAUUGACGACUUCGAGCAGGGAAUCAUCUUCCCGCCCGAUGAGAAUGGCUUCAUCAAGCUAUGUAGCUGCCGGACAUUGACGAACUAUCAGAACAAGAAAGUCCCAGGCGCAUCUAUCUUACAUUCUCUCGGUGAUUACCCAGAAGACGGUUGUCCUAAAGAGAUCGAGGAUGAGAUGCGAGAAUUCAUUCGAGAGAUGAUUCCUGAACUCGCAGACAGGCCAUUCAUUUCAACCAAACUAUGCUGGGACGCUCUGGCCGGCGAUCUCAACUUUCGCAUAUGCCCGUAUCCCGAAAGGAAAAAUCUCUACGUUGCAACGAUAGGCUCAAAUCACGGAUUCAAGUUCUUACCCGUUAUUGGUAAAUACGUGGUCAACAUGCUCGAGGGAAAGCUGGGGGCGGAAUGGCAGGAUCUCUGGAAGUGGAAGUACGGAAAAGUUCCAGCUGACUUUCAAGAUCCGCAUCCCUGGCCACAAAGAGACCUUGCACAGCUUACAGGAUGGGAAGGAAGAAACGCGUUAGGCGGUGGAAAGCUGCCUUGGACGUGGAGUCGUUUGUAA